AUGGGUGGAGGUGAUUUGGUAAGUAAAUGAUGUAGAUAUUCAUCCCUAAAAUGACUUAAAUCCGAGUUAUAAAAAAACUGUAAGUGUAGUCUGUAGAUUGACAUGAUAUUUGUACUGUUUAGAUAUAUUAAAAACUGACAAGACCUUGUCUUUAUAGACUGUAGAGUAUUAUAGACUGUGAAUAGGAUUCACUUGGGGGAACUAUUCACAUGAGUUUAGCCUGUCCAGUUCCCUGGGCUGCCUGGUUUUUCGUGAGAUCCUGCAUUUGUUUUAACAUUCAUUUCCCAAUUCCAUAUUUUUGGGUAUAACCGUUCAGUGAUCCAGGAUCUUGCUCUAGGAAUUACAAUGCUUUCACCUAAACAUUUGAAUGGAAUUUGAAAUAUUACCCAACGAAAAAAAUCUACACUCAAAAGAGUCUGUUCAUUCCAGAUCUGUCCAGUUUUAACAUUUGUGUAAUUGUAGAAUUUAAAAAAGAGCUGGCAUCCCCAGACAUUGCACAACAUUGAAAAAGUAUGGAAAGCAGAACAAAAGGCAGAAGCGGAAACCAAGAAAAUCGAACAACUGAGACGAGAACUGGACGAGGAACGGCAGAGAGAGGAAAUGCAAAGAUAUGCUGUUGAUCAAGGGAUAGCAAAGUAAGAUAGUGUGGACUUGUAUUAGGUUUCUUCCAUGUUGAUAAGGUCCUGCUUAUGUGGAUAUGGGUAGUAGCCAAGUGAAUAUGUAACAAUAAUUAACGAUUGACCAAUAAUCGGUAUCUGCCGAUUUUUGCCUUCCCAGUAGACAAUCAGAAUCUGAUUGUGUAAAACCGAUUGUUCAGGGCUUUCAAAAUUAUUCCCAGUAGGUGUCUGUUUUGAUAAAGUAGGCGGCUGUUGGGAGGGAGUGGCCUAGGGAGUCUUAAAGUCAUCUUUAUUAACUAUUGUAUGUUGAUUAUAGAUAUAUCAAUAUCAUUGAUUAGAUAUAGCAACAACAACUGGGCUCUGUAACCAAAUUAUAAUGUAUCACUACUUUCAUUCUUCAACAAAAUAACUUCAAUAUUUAAGAUGGCAAAUAACUAAAUCGGUUUUACGAAAUAGUACGUCGUUUUCGAAAAUAACCAGGCUAUAAAGUAGACCAGGUUGAUGAAAAAUAUCAUUGUUUGAAAGCUUAGAGUGGAGGAAGGAGAGCAGAAUUGAUGAUUCAAAUACUAAACAAAGUAACUGGCGGUAAACCAUGUGGCACCCGCUGGAGCUCCGGCGGCCGCCGGGUUAUUUUGAAAGCCCUGUUGUUGAGAAAAUAUCCGCUUUGAAAAUUAAUACAUUGCGUGUUGAUAUAUGUUAAAUUAAUUCUGAAGUGUGCCAUUUAUGAACAGUUUUAACAAACUUGGUUGCAGUAACAUGUUGCAUUGGAAAUUAUCAUUAAAAAGUCGAAAUGAAUGACGUCGCCUUUAACUUGGUCGACUCAUACUCGACUGACAUUAGGACAUCAUUAUAUAAUCAGGAUCAGGUAGAUAAUUGAAAAUUCACUACUACAAUCGAUCACUACUACAGUAAUAAAUUAUCCUGGUCGUGAUACCAAUUUUCCCCAGUUGAAUCUGCUCAAGGUAGAUACAACCAUGUAACUCUACCCCCACCUGAGUCGAAGACAAACCAUGUUGUUUAUAUUUGUGUAGGAAGAAAUCAGAUCGUCUGGAAUGGAUGUAUUCCGCUCCAGGUCAUUCUGGUGUAAACCACGAGGAAUAUUUGUUGGGAAAAUCCAUCGACAAAGCUGUUGAUCCUCUGGCAGCAAAUGAUGAAAAGGUACCAACAUUUAUCAUUUGCUCAACCGUUUAGCCAUAUUAUUUUAUUUAAUAUUUAACAAAUAUAAAACAUUUUCCGUGUUGCUAUACAGUUGUAUCAACACGAGUUGGAAUUGGGAAAACGAGAAAUUGUGUGAAAAUAAUAUAGCACAAAGAAAUAUAAAGAAAAAAAAUUUCCAUGUUGACAUAGAGUUAUAUCAACACGGCUCUUAGCCAAUUAACGUUCAGAAUGCUAUAUUAUAAUUAUUUAUUAAACUUUGCCGACACAAAUGCACAUACAAACAUGACAUUACAACAGCAGAACAUGUCCAUCACUGAAUCUAAUAACAAAUGGCAGGUACACCACAGCAGUAUAAACCAAUUACUGUGAGCCCUGGUUAAUAAAUAUAACAAACUAUAAAAUUGAAAUUCUAUGAAUAGUAAAGGCCAUCAUGCUACAUGACGCGAGUCUAUGACAGAAACCGCACUGUAAGUCGCCGCGAAAAUUGUCUUGCGCAACAUUGCCUUCAGCUACAGCAAGCUAUUUCAUUAUUCAUAUUCCGAGGACAGUUUUAUAUCUUAAACAUAUUGUCUUCCACCUUCUUGGAUCAUCUGUAUCAUAACGACAAUAUAGGGCAUACUCUGUCUAAAUGCUAUACAAUUCUACUUGUCAAGGGGAGAGCAAUGCCACUCAUUGGGUUAAUAGGUUAAACAGUUUCAUUACGUAUUGUAAUACUCAGUCUGAAGUAUAUGAGUAAUCAACUUUUGGUGAUCACUAGAAUGCUGAGGCUCCAGGCGCGAGUUUCAUGGAUAACGACAGUCCUAAUGCAAGUAACGACCUAGCGGCUAAGAUACGAGAUGAUCCUUUGUUUAUGAUCAAAAAGAAAGAAAAUGAGAAGAAGAAAGAAUUACUUAAGAAUCCUGUGCGAAUGAAACAACUGCAACAAAUGUUGAAAGCUGAUUUGGGGAAGAAAGGAAAGAAGGAUAAAAAGAGAAAAAAGGAAAAGAGACAGAAGAAUUCCUCCGACGAAGAUUCCAGAAAGACUAAACAUCGGUAUGGUAUUGUAACGUUGUUCUUCACUGUAGUUUAAUCAUUAUUAAAGUGUGGUGAAUGCAGUAGCUGACAAUCGGUUAGUUAUGUUUGGAUUUGCCAAAUGUCAAUUAUGUUGUUCAACUUUCAUGACAUGUCUGCGAUUGUACUUAAGUUUUGUCCAGUACCACACCCAAACAGUGCUGUGCGCCGGAGUUGCCGGAGCCGGAGUUCUGCCGGAGCUCCGGCGGUUUUUCCGACGCCGGAGCCGGAGCAGAAUUUUGUAUGCCGGAGCCCGGAGCCGGAGUUACGUUUUCCCAGCUCCGGCAAAAUGACAAGAAAACAAUAUGAAAUGAGACAAAUGUCAAACGAUUGUUAGUUACUGCAAACUGCCAAUUGCUGUUAAAUGAAUUCAUCAUAGACUCAAACUGCCACAGCCCACAGGAACAGCGUCGAAAAGCUGUAAUACGAUCGCAACUUACAAACGUCACGCUUUCAUGAAGCCAUCAGACUUAGCACUACAUACGGUAAUCUGUGUAUUCAUGCCUUGUAGAUAACGAAAAAGUACAAAACAAAUAAAUAUCAACCUUUUGAAAGGGUACUUUGUUUGCGUGCGAACAAUUGCGCUGUGGAGUCUGAGAGUGUUAGCGUCAUGCCUCGCGUCAUGCCUCGUGUCAAAGAUUUUUCGAGGCAGGUUUCCAUAUAGAUAUUUUCUGCGUGGUUAAGUGUUUUCACUGUUUUGUUUCCUGAGUUAUGUUAUCUGAUAAUUAGGAAGCGCGAAAAGGGUUAUUCAUAAUAAUAUUAAUAAAUGUUCUCUGAUCGUAAAACAUUUAUUUAAUAUUUUAUGAUGUGGCCGGAGCCGGAGCUCAGAGCUGUAAUUCGGCCGGAGCCGGAGCCGGAGCCGGAGAUGAAAAACCGGAGUUUGCACAGCACUACACCUAAACAAACUUAAAGUCUGCUUAGUGCUUUACAAUAUCUGUAAAAUAAUGCCAAAAUGAAGAGAUUUGUGAUGGUACGCCAAAGAGAAAAUGAUGUCUGAAGUUCCGUAAGUUUUACUUAUAUUGCUUAUUUCAUGCCGUUGACCUAGGUCAAAAUCAUCUUCAAAUAAAAGAAAGCAUGGAUCCUCAAAUGAAGACAGUGAUACACAUGCCACAUCGAGUCACCGUGACAAGAAAAAACAACACAGAAAUUUUGAACGAAAUGGAGACAUGAGAAAUAGCUCAGACUACAAUCACGAUAGGCAGAAAGAAAAUAGAAAACGAAGGACAUAUUCCAUUUCUCCUGAAAGGAACACACGCACUGAAGCUAGAUCAAGAAAUUACGAAGACACUUCUGUACGAAACGUCGAUAGACAGCGAAGGUCACAUUCUAGAUCAGAAUCGCCCAGGAGAAAAUCUCCAAGAAGAAAGUCUCGAUCGCCUAGCCCAAAGAAAAGGCAUCGAGAGUACCCCACAUUACAGAAUCAUUCAAAGGAAAGGCGGUAUCGUACGGCAGACAUUGAAGAAAGACAUCAUGAUAAACGACAAAGGUCAAGAACGCCGUCACCAUCGCCAAGGAAACAUAGCUCGCGGUCGUAUGCUACGAAGAGCUCGCAAGCAAGCGAGUCUCAUGCAUCGAGGUUUGUUCUCGUCUCAUAUAUUGUGCAGUGUUAGUGUACUACUGUGCAAAUAAGUUGUACCAUGUGUGGAGGCGAGGGAGCCGGCUCGGGAGGUUUCUCCUGUAUAAUCAAUGGAGAAUUGCUAGAGUAAUUCAUUAAAAACAAUUGUAUAAAUUAGAGGGGGAAAUAUUCAAAAUAUCUUAGGAAAAUAUUGUUAUUAUCUUACUAGGAAAAUGACGGAUGAGGAACGAGAAAGACGACUGGCGGAAAUGAUGAAUAAUGCAAAGUACGUAUUAUUGUACUGUCUGUUGAUGCUUUGAGUUAAUUAACUAAUUGCUGUGUUUUCUCGUAGGUGGAGAGAUGAACAACGAGGCAAAAACGUGAAACGAUACAAGGUAUAGAAAUUUCACAGCUAUUUAUGGCAUCAUUCGAGUUUGGUUGGAUUUAUUAUCGAUAUAAAAUCUAAAUUUCUGGGAUUUUUAGGAAGAAGACGAAGCCGAGGCGAAACAAAUUGCACAAAACACAGAAAAGGGAGCAAAUUUUGUUCAGUAAGUUCUCUUAUCAUUGCUUGAAAUGGAGAGGUUUAAAUUUGACUACCAGCCUGCCACUACCUCUCAUUGGCUACGCAUUUGAUUGGUUCCAGAUAGCUUUCCGUAGCGACGUGAAAAAACACCUAUCCAAACCUUUCAGGAACGCUAUUUUCAGAGGAAUUAUUGCAACAGAGAGAUGUUGUUUCGCUCAGCUUCUGAAAGUUGUACAUUCCGUAUCGGAUAGGUUCGUGACAAACAUGGUCACUCAGAUCUCUUGUGUAAUUCUCGAUUUCUUUCCAACAGGCCGCUCAAAGUUCAAACGUUCACUUCCUCGUCUGCUUCUGUUGAAAACCGAAUAAAAAGAAACAUUAACUCGCUCCAGAGGACUCCCGCAGCUAUGGAGAAAUUUUUGAAAAAAUAG